GCUUUAAGAUACGUGCGCGCUCCUUCCUCCUCCUCUUUCCUUUCCUCCAUUUUGCGAGACGCGGAGCGGCCGCUGAAACCAUGCAGCUUUUUGUGAGAGCUCAAAAUCUACACACCCUUGAGGUGUCUGGACAGGAGACUGUGUCCCAGAUCAAGGCUCACAUCUCCUCUCUUGAGGGAAUCGCCUCUGAAGACCAAGUUCUUCUUCUUGCUGGCACACCUCUCUCUGAUGAAGCCACCCUAGUCCAAAGCGGAGUAUGUGAACUCGGCACCUUGGAGGUAGCUGCCCGUCUUCUGGGAGGUAAAGUCCAUGGUUCUCUAGCUCGUGCCGGAAAAGUACGAGGUCAGACUCCAAAGGUGGCCAAGCAGGAGAAGAAGAAAAAGAAGACUGGCAGGGCAAAAAGACGCAUGCAGUACAACAGGCGUUUUGUCAAUGUUGUCCCCACCUUUGGCAAGAAGAAGGGACCCAAUGCCAAUUCUUAAUUUGUCAUAAAGGGUUAAUAAAAAAUGUAGAACUUU